AUGGCAAGUCCUCUACCUCCCUAUCCUAGAUCACAAACACGGGAGAAGUUACAUCAGUGUGUGGAAUGUGGAAAACAAUUUGAUAGGAAAGGUUCUCUUACUAGACAUGAACGGACCCACACAGGGGAGAAGCCACAUAAAUGCUUGGAAUGUGGGAAGAGCUUCAGUCGGAGUGACAAAUUACGUUCCCAUCAAAGGACCCACACAGGGGAGAAGCCAUAUAAAUGCAUGGAAUGUGGGAAGAGCUUCAGUCAGAGUAGCAGUCUGCGUAUCCAUCAAGGGGCCCACACAGGGGUGAAACCAUAUAAAUGCAUGGAAUGUGGAGAAUACUUCAGUCACAGUACCCGUCUGCUUAUCCAUCAAAGGAAGCACACAGGGGAGAAGCCCUUUAAAUGCAUGGAAUGUGGAGAAAGCUUCAGUCACAGUACCAAUCUACGUUCUCAUCAAAGGACUCACACAGGGGAGAAGCCUUAUAAAUGCAUAGAAUGUGGAGAAAGCUUCAGUCGGAGUGGCAGUCUACGUUCCCAUCAAAGGAAGCACACAGGGGAGAAGCCCUAUAAAUGCAUAGAAUGUGGAGAAAGCUUCUGUUGGAGUGGCAGCCUACGUUCCCAUCAAAGGAAGCACACAGGGGAGAAGCCAUAUAAAUGCAUGGAAUGUGGAGAAAGCUUCCAUUGGAGUGUCAGCCUACGUUCCCAUCAAAGGAAGCACACAGGGGAGAAGCCUUACAAAUGCAUGGAAUGUGAGAAGAGCUUCAGUCGCAGUGACAGCCUACGUUCCCAUCAAAGGACCCACACAGGGGAGAAGACACAUAAAUGCUUAGAAUGUGGAGAAAGCUUCAGUCGCAGUGGCAGUCUACAUUCCCAUCAAAGGAAGCACACAGGGGAGAAGCCAUAUAAAUGCAUGGAAUGUGGGAAGAGCUUCAGUCAGAGUGGCAAUCUACGUUCCCAUCAAAGGACCCACACAGGGGAGAAGCCAUAUAAAUGCAUGGAAUGUGGGAAGAGCUUCAGUCACAGUGAUAAACUACGUUCCCAUCAAAGGACCCACACGGGGGAGAAGCCAUAUAAAUGCAUGGAAUGUGGGAAGAGCUUCAGUCACAGUGAUAAACUACGUUCCCAUCAAAGGACCCACACGGGGGAGAAGCCCUAUAAAUGCAUGGAAUGUGGAAAGAGCUUCAGUCAGAGUAGCAGUCUGCGUAUCCAUCAAGGGGCCCACACAGGGGUGAAACCAUAUAAAUGCAUGGAAUGUGGAGAAUACUUCAGUCACAGUACCCGUCUGCUUAUCCAUCAAAGGAAGCACACAGGGGAGAAGCCCUUUAAAUGCAUGGAAUGUGGAGAAAGCUUCAGUCACAGUACCAAUCUACGUUCUCAUCAAAGGACUCACACAGGGGAGAAGCCUUAUAAAUGCAUAGAAUGUGGAGAAAGCUUCAGUCGGAGUGGCAGUCUACGUUCCCAUCAAAGGAAGCACACAGGGGAGAAGCCAUAUAAAUGCAUGGAAUGUGGAGAAAGCUUCUGUUGGAGUGGCAGCCUACGUUCCCAUCAAAGGAAGCACACAGGGGAGAAGCCUUACAAAUGCAUGGAAUGUGAGAAGAGCUUCAGUCGCAGUGACAGCCUACGUUCCCAUCAAAGGACCCACACAGGGGAGAAGACACAUAAAUGCUUAGAAUGUGGAGAAAGCUUCAGUCGCAGUGGCAGUCUACGUUCCCAUCAAAGGAAGCACACAGGGGAGAAGCUCUAUGAAUGCAUGGAAUGUGGGAAGAGCUUCAGUCAGAGUGGCCAUCUACGUUCCCAUCAAAGGACCCACACAGGGGAGAAGCCACAUAAAUGCUUGGAAUGUGGGAAGAGCUUCAGUCGGAGUGACAAAUUACGUUCCCAUCAAAGGACCCACACAGGGGAGAAGCCAUAUAAAUGCAUGGAAUGUGGGAAGAGCUUCAGUCGGAGUGACAGUCUACGUACCCAUCAAAGGACCCACACGGGGGAGAAGCCCUAUAAAUGCAUGGAAUGUGGAGAAAGCUUCUGUUGGAGUGGCGGCCUACGUUCCCAUCAAAGGAAGCACACAGGGGAGAAGCCAUAUAAAUGCAUGGAAUGUGGAGGAAGCUUCAGUCGGAGUGGCAGCCUACGUUCCCAUCAAAGGAAGCACACAGGGGAGAAGCCAUAUAAAUGCAUGGAAUGUGGAGAAAGCUUCCAUUGGAGUGUCAGCCUACGUUCCCAUCAAAGGAAGCACACAGGGGAGAAGCCAUAUAAAUGCAUAGAAUGUGAAGAAAGCUUCAGUAGCAAUGGACAUCUACGUUCCCAUAAAAUGACCCACACAGGGGAGAAGCCACAUAAAUGCAUGGAAUGUGGUAAUAGCUUCAGUCGGAGUGACAAAUUACGUUCCCAUCAAAGGACCCACACAGGGGAGAAGCCGUAUAAAUGCAUGGAAUGUGGAAAGAGCUUCAGUCGGAGUGACAAAUUACGUUCCCAUGAAAGGACCCACACAGGGGAGAAGCCAUAUGAAUGCAUAGAAUGUGGAGAAAGCUUCUUUCAGCGAAGCAGGCUAUGUUCCCAUAAAAUGACCCACAUGGGGGAGAAGCCUUAUAAAUGCAUGGAAUGUGGAGAAAGCUUCCGUCGGAGUGACAGUCUACAUUCCCAUCAAAAGACUCACAGGGGAGAAGCCAUAUGAAUGCAUGGAGUGUGGAGAAGGCUUCAGUCAGAGUGACCAUCUGCAUUUCCAUCAAAGGACCCACACAAGGGAGAAGCCAUACAAAUGUACCCAAUGUGAAAAGUGCUUUAGAGAAAGUUCAGCAUACAGUAGACAUCACAGAACUCAUGUUCCUCUAGAGGAGACGGGCCUUUGAGUUUCCGAGCUCUCUCUAAAAAAGCAUUGCAAGGAAAGAGGAAGGCCAGCACCUUGCUCUCUCUCCACCAGAACUGCAGUUUGUGUGGCCUUGGCUGACGACUUCUGGGAGCAGGUGUCACUCAGAGGGGCUCUUUUCUCCGGAUUGCAGCAAGCUUGGAAGGGGUUCACCUAACCUCCUCCCCAAGGAGACCCAUCGCAGGCUUCUAGGAUGAUCUGUGAAUGUUUGCUGAAAUGAGCAGCAGCUGAGAUCUCGGGAUAAAAGGUUCUGAAAAAGAAUAGCUCUUUGGUUGCAGAUAACGUCAUAUCUUCAUACUCCUGUCUCAUGUCUUGGCUCUGCUUCAUUCAACGGCAUUGAAUGUUUGCUGUGCAUGUGUAUUGUAUGGACUGUGAUCCGCCCUGAGCCCCUUUGGAGAGAUAGAGCGGAAUAUGAAUAAAGUGUUGUUAUUAUUAUUAUUAUUAUUUUGGGCUCUAGCUCUGUACCUGUAACCCUUUUCUGGACUUUGUUGUAUACUGAAUAUUUGACUCUAAAUUCUGGACUGACGUUCUGGUUUCGUUUAUGGACUGGACUUUGUUUGUAUCCCUGACUUGCUGGCUUGAUUUUGGGACUCUAAAUUCGGUUUGUACUCUUGAUAUUUGAUGAAUUCUGCGUAAUGAACUCUUGGCAUAUGACCAUUGGUCUGUAACCUUGGGUCUUGUUUAUUUUUGCUCCUGACCUGGAUCUACAGUACUCGACGUGUCUGCAUUAACUGGACUCUUGACCUGCACUUGUGUUCAUUGUUCCUUCGACUGUGUGGCUCCAAUUGCAUUAUUUUUAGCCCAGUGGUUUCCAACUAGGGAUCACUUGACCAGGGACCACUCUCCAAAAUUAAUACCAAAAGGGUUACAACUCAGUUUUUGGUCAACUUUAGAUUCGGUUUGGUUAUUUGGGGUGCUGAUUCAGAAAAUGGCAUUGGACAGACCACAUCAGCUCUAGUUCCUGAUACAGAACACAUGCCACCCAGUAGUCGCCAUCUGCUCGCCCACAGAAAACCAUAUUCAAUAAACCUCGGCACUAUAAGAGGGUUUUGCGAGACUACUCGCUCUCAUUGCAAUGGUGUAGUAAUGGUGAGGCCAUGGACCCUAUUUAAGCUCUUCCGGACCAUUGGUGGCCCACGGACCACAGGUUGGCAACCACUGUUUUAGCCGGACCGAAGACUUCAGUCUUCCUGUAAGUUAAUAUGGUCUUGGCUUAUCUUUGUUUAAUAAACCUCAGAGUUUAUACUAGGAGAGCCCUGGAACACGAGACCAUCACUCUACAUGUGCAUUUAUCGUUGCUUACAGUGAAUCAUUUUUGGUAUUUGGGACUGUUUAAUCCCCACCUUUGGCAAAGGGUCCAUUAGGAUACACAACAUAUCUCCCUAACAGCAGGGAAUGUAAGGCAAAGAAUGAUGACAACGACUGAUGUACAUUCAUGAAUCAGUUCAGAUGGACACAUUAACUAAAUUGAUGAAGUAUAGAGUAUAGAACAGUAUUGAAAGGAAAUCGAGUAAACAGAUAAUCGUAUAGUGAGUGAGAGGUUUCUAGACUGUGGUUUGGGGUCCAUUAAUUUUGAUCUUAUUGUGCAAAGUGUGUGUCCUUGUUCCCUUUAUAUUUGUUAAGUAGUCAUUAAAAAAAAGGUACCAAAGUUAUAAUUUGUGUAAAAAAAUAAAAUGCCAAAAUUGUAAUUUGUGUAAA